AUGUCGCAUCGUCAUGUGAAACAGCGCCAAUUGCAGGCAGCUGCAGCCAUAGGCGUUCGCAUCACGACCCCUUGGCCACGUAACCACUUUCUUUGCCCUCAAAACCUUUCAUAUCCUCCCGUCCAGGUGGCCAAGGCUCCCAGCACUGCCCAAUCCCCUUCUGCCGGAUCUCGACGUUCUUGCUCCACUCUCGCAGGUGGUCACAGGUCAGGCCUGCCCAAAGUGCCCCCAAACGCCCAGGCAACAACCAGCUGGGGCUCGAGUCUCACUCCUCGUCAACCCGAGACCCCAACCGGCCCCUUCUCCGACUGA